AUGGGGUACCUACGCGUCUGCAGUCUGCUAGGUGCAGUGUGCCUCGGCUUGUUGUUUUUCCUUUUGGACCUUAGAAUGCCUCACGCUAACGGAUAUCGUGCCCGUACUCGUUACAUGUUCAAGAGAGCUUUCCGCAACCACGGAGUGGUUCCUCUCUCUACGAACAUGCGCUGCUAUCACGUAGGUGACUACGUCGAUAUUGUGGCCAACGGAGCUGUUCACAAGGGUAUGCCUUUCAAGGGUUACCAUGGACGCACUGGAGUCGUGUUUGAUGUCACCAAGACCGCUGUGGGUGUCGAGGUGAACAAGCAGGUGAGAAACCGCAUCAUCAAGAAGAGAAUCCAUGUGAAGGUCGAGCAUGUCCUGCCUUCCAAGUGCAGAAAGCAGCAUCUGGAUCGUGUGAAGCAGAACGAAGCCAUCAAGGCCGAGAAGAGAGCCGAGAAGGUGUGCCUGAAGCGCCUGCCUGCUCAGCCUCGUGCUGCUCACACUGUGGUUCCCACCAAGCCCAUUAAGACCGUGUUCGUGCUUCCCUACGAGAUUCUGGCUUAAGGAUGUUGCAGUCUGGUGCGAUUUGUA